AUGUGGAUCGUUUGGGCCAGGCUGGCAUACGACAAAGUAGCAGCAGCGAACAGCGGUGAAAGGGUGCACAUACGUCUGCACAUGCCGGAAGUUGUGCGUCAGCAUACGCAUUUCCAGAAGGUCUACAAACAGUUGCCAAUUGCAGUGGCAGCCCCAAUACACCACCCAAUACAUUCACAAGCCCCCCAUUCACAAUUAAUGCCCGUGGGCAAGCCGCAUGUAUCGCUGCUCGGCUAUACGACAACGGCAAGUGGCAGCGGUGGCAUGUCACCCAGCCUGAUGCAGCUAAUGUCCACAGCUGCCACGCCCAUGCCCAUGCCUAUGCCAAUGCCAAUGGGGCCCAACUAUGGACCCGCACUGUUCGACAGCUACAAUCAGCCCAUGGAGACCGGAUUAAGGGAGACGAUGAGUACAGUGAAGACUGGUGGCAGUGCCACCAGCAGCAGUUAUCUUGGCACAGCGCCUGGAAGCAGCAGCUACAAGCAACAACAGUUGUUGCAACAGCUCUUUACGCCCAACUUGAUGGCAGCGAUAACAGCGGCCCAGAAGCAACGCGAGGAACUGGUGGAGGAGGAGCAGCUGGACAACGAAACUGAACCACAACCGGAAACCGAACUGGAGCACAAUGAGCUGCUCAAUGGCAACUUUUUGGCCGCACUACAGCGUGAAUAUUUCUCAAAAUUUGGACGCAAACGGAAGAAGGUAAAGUUUGCGAGCAACACUCGAACCAUCAAAAAAAGACCGCAAAAGCAGUUGAAAUAUGUGCAGCAAACGGAGCAACAAUUUGAUGAGUAUCAGGAUGAGCCCGACACUGAAUAUGAGCCGACCGACGAGGUGGAGGACGAGCCCUACGAAGAGCGGUCAAAUUUUUGGGGGGAUCAACCUGAUCGACAGAAUGAUGCACGGGGUUACGACAGUGCGGUGGCCUUUAGUGGACAGAACAAUGCGUUGAGUGUGGAUGAGUUUAUCAAGAAUGAGGUACAUGGCAAUAGUUAUGCACCAUUUUAUGGCAACAACGGCAACACGAUGUACGAUGAUGAUUAUGAUGGCACUGGCACCAGCAGUUCCUGGCAGGGAUCUCCCACAAUCAAUUCCUAUCCGCGACCCACAAAAGCGACGUCAACUCGAUUGCGAACACGUCAACGGCGACCCGGUACGUCUAUGGGUACCGGUUCCGGUUCGGGUACUGGUUCCGGUUUCGGUAGCACUACAAAGCCAGGAAAAUUGCGUUACAUCAAGUUGACAACGCGCAAGAAGCGAAAAAAUCACAUCAGAGCAAAAAGAUAUCGCGCAUAAGUUUUAAGAUUUGUUGAAACCUAAGCAGUUUUCUAGUUAUUAGCCUUU